AUGUGGUCGCCUGGCACCUGUGUGGCCAACGAUGCCUGCACCCUGGCUUUCCAAACCUCACGACCCCUCUCCGGGUCCCGCAGCCCGGGUCCGGACACCCCGCCCAUCGUCCUGCUCAUGCACGGCUUCAGCGGUUCAAGCGACUACUUCGCCCGCAACUUCAGCCCUCUGAGCGAGCGCCUCUGGGUCAUUGCCCCAGAUAUGCGCGGCCACGGCCGAUCCUCCCGCACGCCGGGCGGUUACCACGUCGCCCGCCUGGCCGCCGACCUGCGUGACCUCCUAGCCCACAUCCGCCGCCACACCUCCGCGCCCAUCGUCCCCGUCGGCUGUUCCAUCGGCGCCGCCGUCCUGUGGACCUACGUAGAGCUCUUCACCGCCUCCGACUUCGCCGGCUUCAUCUUCGUCGACCAGGGCCCACUGCAGGACCGCUCCGUCUUCGGCGGCGGCUGGGACGCAUCCCGCGCCCACACCGGCUGCUACGACGAGGCCACCCUGCGCGCGGCCCAGGACUUCUGGACCUCCGACCCGCCCGCUGCUCAUCGUGAUCUUGUCGCGGGCUGUCUCGGCUACCGGCAGGCUCCUCCCGCUGGCGAGAACGGUCCGCCGCCCCCGUCCCCCGAGCAGGCUGCUGAGGACGAGGCCUUCUUCACACGCACCAGCGCCCUGUGCGACUCCGUCUGGCUCGCACGUCUUAUGGCCGAUCAUACGCGGUAUGACCACCGCGAGGCCAUUGACAUGAUUGACGUACCGACGCUCGUCAUGGCCGGGCGCCGAUCUGGGUGCUUUCCACUUGAGGGGAUGCUAGAGACCGCAAGGCGCUUGAACGCGAUUCGACCCGGAUUGGCGAAGGAGGAGGUGUUCGAGUCUGGCCAUUGGCUCUUCUACGAGGAACCGGAUAAGUUUAACGCUAUAACUGCUGCCUUCGUCGAGGAGUGUUCUGCACAGGCCGCUAGAGCGACAUGACAGGAUUGGAUGGCGUCGAUGGGAUUUUGCCGCCAUGUUC